UGCGCGGGACCAAGCGGGAAUCGCCGCGCGGCGGCUAGAGAGACGCGGGGCGGCGGCCGACAUGUUCCAGGGCGCGGACGGCCAGCCUGGCGAGUCGGGCUCCAGAUCCAUGAAGCCCCCAGGAGGAGAAUCGAGCAAUCUUUUUGGAAGUCCAGAAGAAGGUGUUCCUUCAAGCAAACCUAAUAGGAUGGCAUCUAAUAUUUUUGGACCAACUGAAGAACCUAAAAACAUACCAAAGCGGACAAACCCUCCAGGGGGCAAAGGAAGUGGUAUCUUUGAUGCAUCAACUCCUGUGCAGACUCGACAGCGACUGAACCCACCUGGUGGGAAGACUAGUGACAUAUUUGGGUCCCCAGUCACUGCCACUGCACCCCUGGCACACCCAAACAAGCCCAAGGAUCAUGUUUUGCUAUGUGAAGGUGAAGACUCUAAAUCAGACCUGAAAGAUACAACAAACUCACCCCGAGGAGAGCAGAGCGAGAAGGGAAGCUCAAAAGAAGCAGACCAUGCCAAGAUACCAGAGCCCACACCUACAGUUGACAGUCAUGAGCCCAGACUGGGACCGCGGCCUCGGUCCCACAACAAGGUCCUGAACCCACCAGGAGGCAAAUCCAGUAUCUCCUUCUAUUGAGAGGCUCCUCCUCUGCCUGUACUCAGACCGGAAACUCAGAGAUAGGGUAUUGAAAUGUUAGUGCUUCCUUUGACCCAAAUGAGUCGGGGUGGGAGAGGGGUUGUCAUGCGUGUGGGGUUGCCUGCUCAUAGGCCUGAUGCCUUUGGAGGAGCUGCAGAAGGACUGUGCCUUCCAGACUGCCAAGAUACACAUCUGUGGGGAUAAAGUGGGGCGCUCUUAAGCCUCCUCUGUAGUUGUUCUGUGUGGAACAGUAAGGUUCUGGGAAGGGCGAAAGAGAUGGCACCCAUUAGCAAAAGGCUCAUUAGGGUCUGUCUCGUCCUUGUAUCAACAGUCUGCUGGCUGUUGGGCAUCUAAGAAUGUUGGUUUGACUGGGAAAAAAAGAAAAGAAAAAGAAAGGAAAAAAAAACUACCUAUCCCUCACUGUGGGAUGGAGGAGAAACACAUAGACAAAAGCUCUUAAAGACAGAAUGAGGUCUACAUAGCCUUUCCUUUCAGGGAAUGCUUAUCACCAAAAUGUUUCCACCUCCGAGGUUACCUCUGAGCCGUAGUGUCUCCUUUUCCUUUUGUUCCCCUCAGUACGUCACCCUGUAGUGUUGGAAUGUGACUGCUCUUUUUGGUAGCAGUCAACAGAAAAUCAGUUAUUCUCAGUCUUGUCCUGAGUGGAAGGUUUGGAUACCCUGAUCCUCUGAAUUGUAGUCUCCUUCCUGCACCUAAAACCGUGGCCAGGUCUAGGUAGCAGCCUGUCUUCCUUUAUGGUUGGUUUGGUUCCUGCCAUGCCAGGUUUGCAUAUUGGUUGUUCCUUUUGUUUCUCUCAUCAGCCUUGAGUCUAGCCUUAGUUCCUCACUGUGAGGGCUCUUGCUAUCUGUGGUUCUUCCUGUACAUAAGGCCUCAACCUCUGCAGGGUUUUAAAGACUACUCAAAUAUGUCCAGGUAUUGGGUGAAUUUUUGGUUUUCCCGUCUCUCUGUUCCUGUAGUUGGGAGGAAGACCUGCUGAAGAACACUGGGUUGGGCGGGUUUCUGUAGCCAUCACAGAGGUGUUAUUAGGAUCAGCAGCUUAUGAAUACCCACAGACUGUGCUUCUAACACCUAGAAAACAUCACUGUGUACACCAAAGCAGAGAGCGGCCUAAGCCACCUUUAGAAAGCUUCAGACUUCUUAACCUUGUUCAUGAACAGUGCCCCUCAGGCCUGGAUAGUAAGUAUUUUGGCAAUAAGGUUACGACUGUCAUUUGACAGCAGAGAUCCUGGGCUCCACAGCCAUGCUGCCUGUUGCCCGGUAUUUCAUGUCAGGCACAUCUCUGUCCUGUUCAGUCUUUAAGGGCUGCAGCCUUAGUUCCUUGGUUCCCGCUUGUGGUGGGUGUCUGUGAAAGGGCUCCUGAGUGGUGCUACAGAGCUUCAUAGCAGAUGCCAGAAAUGUCCUCGUCAGAGUUUGGGGAAGCAACAGUUCUGCAGUCACGCUCAUUGACCUAGAUGCUCAAGUGCCUGCAGGAGCCCCUGCCGUGUUCUGCUUCCAGCACCUGGUUCAUUGAGGGCUUUGACCAUGGCUUUGUCAACCAAAGAGUUUAUACCUUUCAGCUGCCCUGUUUCCUGAAGCCAAGAAACAUGUAUUACAUGUAUGUAAUUCUGUAACAACUCAAAUGGGUUGUGAUUAAGUCAUGAGGAUGUCAUUUGGAAUUCAGAGUAUUUUUUCCAUUUAAGAAAAUGUCAUAAAUGUUUGCUUUAUUUAGCCCAGACUCUAACAUCUUUAACUUAUAAGGAAAUGAUACAAUGAUAGAAAUAAACCUCCUUUUGUAACUGCUUUCUUAAGUAGAAAAUGACUUGUGAAUUCCAAAUUGAACUGUCAAGAAAAAAAUCUGACAUCGCUGUGCUGGCCCUGCUGCUGGUCCAGCGAGAGAAGAGCUCCAAGACCACUUGCUGGCCUGGAUGGGAACCUGAGGCAGUGACCCACAGCAGCUGCCUUACUCGACUCCCCUAUCUUUCUCUGAAACUGGGCCCAGAACAUGGCCAGUCUGCCGCCCAGGAAGAGGCCCUGCCCAGCUAAAUCCAGUGGUAUACAGUUCUCACACCUGCAGUAAGCCUUAACACUUUGUUUAAGUGCAUUUGGUGCCAACAUUUUUCUAGCGCUAUGUCAGAGCAAGAAACCUGUCCUUGCAUCAUAAUGCGAUUUUAUAGGAAUGUUUUGUUAUUUUUAUGAGACAAAACUGGGUAUAAUGGUUGAAUUAAACUUAGUAACCACA